GAAAAUCUUAGCAUCUUAAAUCUGCUCCCUCCUAUCUUUUUUGUCAGUAUUACCAUUUCCCAACCACAAAUCAUAGCAGGUCUCACUAAUGUCUUAUAAAUUUUUCCUUUAACCCUUGAUGCUGUCAUUCUGCCGCAAAUCAUUGCUGACUCCUCUCCACCUACUCCACCCUCUUUUCACUGUCCGUUGCUUGGAUCGUUUGUCCCAGGUAUUUAAACUCAUCCACCAUCUCUGCUCCUUGCAGCUCCACUGUUACAUCUGUGUCCUGCUCAUUCAUUUACUCUUAACUUGAUCUAAUUUCUUAUGCUUUGUUUUUUUAAAAAUCACUUAUGCAUACAUCAGUUUUUGCACUACUAUGGCACUUUUACUUUAGUUAUGUUGUUUAUCUAUUGUAGACUACUAUUUUCGCUGCUGCUGUAAAACAAUUUCCCAUGUGGAAUGAAUAAAGUAUAAAUCAAAAUUGGGACUCUUUCUUUCAAAUGCUCAAAAAUUAUAACAAAAACAUGUUUAUACGGUUGUUUUUUUAAUGUCCUUACGUUAGUCUUUCUGGCUGUCCCAUCAACUACAACUAAAGUCUCCCCUUUUAUUUUGACAGCAGCCCUCCUUCCGGUAUCACCCCGGUUACGUCCCGAGUGUUUGACGCAGUUUGCCUGUCAGAUGAUGCUGUGGGCCGGGAGCGCCUCUUUCACACUCCCUGUGUAUUUACGUACAACAGCGGGUCUCCCAGGAAGGACAAAUUAAAUGAACACGGCCGAUGGAAACGCAGGCCUGUCUGUGAUGUAAAAGCCCGGCCCGGAUGUUCAUUGCACUUAUUGGGGAAAAACUAUGACUGUUUCAAACGACUGACGAUUUGGGAUCCCGUUACUCCUUACACUUUUGCGUGCAUCCAAACCGGCCAGACAUUCAUUCAUUUAUAAGCUGCUGCAACCACAGUCUGGCUUUAUCCGAACCCUUUACUGGAGUCUGUUUUUUUUUCUAAGUCCUGCAGUGAGGAUGGAUACCAGGGUGUCUUUUCCCACUCGUCGGCUGCUGGUACUUCUCUGCACGGCUGCUGCCCUUUUAGGGACCCGGAGCCCUUUGGCUGCAGCGGGGAGAAGCUGCUCGGACACCCGGCAGGUGUACUUGGAGAAGGGGUACAGCACAAGCACCGCUCCGCUGACUCAAAUUUCUGGUGAGCACCUGCGGCUCUGUCCUCAGGACUACACUUGCUGCUCCAGUCAGAUGGAGGAGACUCUGGCCCAGCAGAGUGAAAGGGACUUCCUCAAAGCAGUCUCAGACAACAGCCAGUUUCUCUUGACCACCUUUACCCAGAGACACCGCAGGUUUGACGAGUUCUUCAAAGAGCUUAUAGACCUUUCAGAGAAGUCUAUGAACCAGAUGUUUACCAAGACCUAUGGCCUGCUCUUCACCCAGAAUGCCCACGUCUUCCAAGAGCUUUUCCUGGAGCUUCGCAGAUAUUAUUCUGGGGGGAGUGUGAGUCUGGCAGAGGUUCUGUCAGAUUUCUGGUCCAGACUUGUGGAGCGGGUCUUCUCUCUGGUAAACCCCCAGUAUCAGUUCAGUGAGGACUACCUAGAGUGUGUCAGCAAGCACGCUGAACAGCUGCAACCAUUUGGGGAUGUCCCUCGCAAACUUCGUGUACAAGUGUCGAGGGCUUUCAUAGCAGCCAGAGCGUUGUCUCAAGGGCUUGCUACUGGUCGGGACAUUGUCAACAAAGCAACAAAGUUAACUGCAGAUUCAGAGUGUGUGCGUGGCCUGAUGCGUCAGUGGUACUGCCCACUGUGUCGAGGUAUGCCCUCCGUGCGCCCCUGCCGCUCAUUGUGCCUUAACGUGAUGAAGGGCUGCUUAGCCAAUCAGGCUGACCUGGACACCGAAUGGAACAAUUUCAUUGAUGCUCUGUACCAGGUUUCAGAGAAGCUGGAGGGGCCUUUCAACAUGGAGCUUGCAGCUGACUCUAUCUCUGUCAAAGUGUCAGAGGCCAUUAUGCACAUGCAGGAAAACAGUGUCAGCAUCUCCAGCAAAGUGUUCCAAGGCUGUGGAAACCCCAGGCCAGCUCCAGCAAGGUCCAAACGCUCGCCCAAAGAGUCUGGGGGCAACAGGAGGCCUUUCCGCACCUACACUCCUGAAGAGAAACCCACCACUGCUGCAGGCACCAACCUGGAUCGAUUGGUUACCGAGCUGAAAGAGCGACUGCGGCCCAUGCGGGGCUUCUGGGUGUCCCUCCCACACACCAUCUGCAACGAUGAGAAGAUGGCUGCCGACGUCACUAAUGAGGACCGCUGCUGGAACGGGCAGACCCGGGGGAGGUACCUGCCAGAUGUGACGGGUGACGGUUUGGUGAGCCAGAUCAAUAACCCUGAGGUGGAAGUGGAUAUUGCACGUCCAGAUGUGAGGACCCGGCAGCUGAUCAUGGAGCUGAGAGUGGUGACCAAUAAACUGAGGCAUGCUAUGAGUGGACAGGACAUGGACUUCAUGGACAGUGAGGAAGGCAGUGGCUCAGGAGGUGGAGAUCAUGGCGAAAGGUACAAUCAUGACUGGCCAGGUUAUGGGCCUUACUCUCCACCCUACACCAAACCCUCAAAUAACCCCGCCUCCAACCCUGCAAAGCCGCCUCGAGGCCGAGACAGAAACGGGUCCAAGUGGAACAGAAACAACGGGCAGGGACGGGUUCGAUCUGCAGCUGGUCUGCUCCCUUUCUCCCCGUUUUCUUUGUUGCCUCUGCCUUUUGUGGUCACUGCUGCCACCAUGUGGAGAUAGCUGGUUAUUAAAGUGUGGAGGUGAAGGGGAAAAUUUCUGUCAUGCUGGAGUCUAAAGCACAUUAUUAAGAAAAUAAUUGCCAUUCCAUUCGGUUACACCAGCAUUAAAACAACAGUAAAAACAGGCUAAUUCAGCAAUAAUCAAAGACCUGUUUACAGCACUAAAUAAACACUGAAUAUUUUUCCUACUCCCCAAGCAACUAAUGAGACAUAAAACACACUGAUGAUUAAAAACACAACUUAAAAAUAUCAUCUUUUAUUUUUUUGUGUCAUGUUUGACUGAUUGGCCUUAAAUGCUGAACGGUGUGCAGUGCUGGAAGUCUUAAGGGGAACAAAGGAAUAAACUUUUUAUCAUCAAAUGAAUUGGCAGGAUGUGUGGGUGAUGGCGGUGACCGCUUGGUGGUCUGUGAGGUAGAGAUUAGCCGUGCCCAUAAUUACUAUGUAGUUUCAGUGAGCAGCUGAUUUAACAUGAGUACAUUUAUUUGCUGCUUCUCUCAUUAAAUUAAACUUCAGUACAUCGGGGUUCAGUUUAGCUGAUGUUCAUUUAAUUAAUUUUUCUAUCUUUUUAAAGCAGUAAGAUGAAGUUUAAGUUUUUUAAAUUAAACUCCAUAUUUUGGCUUGGAAACAUUUGAAAAAGGUAAAAGUGUGACUCUUGAAACCAAACAAUGGGCUGAUUUUGAAUGUAAAAGCUCAAACCAAGUUGGGUUGCUUAUAUCAGUGUAAUAUAUUGCUGUUUUUAAUUUAUUUGUAAUAUCAUAUUUUGUUUUAUUAUUAUUUCAAGACAAUGGCUGUGUGUUUUCUUCUAAUGUAAGUUUGUCUUUCAAGUUCUCUGGUGGUGGAAAAAAAAGGGAAAAAUCAAGUUGUAUUAAUACUUUUUUGUAAACCAGUCAUUUUAAAAUAUUAUCAUAUACAUCAGAACACUUAUUAUCAGCUGUAGUUGUUUUUUGGCUUCUUUACUUCUAAACAGAGAGGGGUAAGGAGCAUCAUGUGUGAGUGUGUGCGUAUGUGUGUGUUUGUGUGAUUGUUUUAUAAUGUUUGUUAUAUGUGCCGGUCUUGUUGAGAGGACGUUGGGGCCUUUUUUAAUAGUACGCUUUUGUACUUAUUUUUCCUAAAAGCAACAAAAGUUGUUGAAAACAGUCGGUGAGCACACUACGUAUUGUAACAUUGGACUGAAUGGUUUCAGAGAGAAAAAUGAUGUCAGAACUUAGAUGAUGGUUCUUAAUUUUCAUGUGCUGUUUUAAUGAAGAUGAAAUCAAAGACUUUUCAAGACAAAGCUUGUGAGGAGUUGUCAUCAGGAAAGAGGAGAGGAAAAGAUUAGUUUAACAUUCUGGGAAGUGUGCUUAGCUUGCAAAGUGUAAAAUGAGAAGUUUAUGAUUAAGAUUAAGAAAACAACAAAAAGACGGAUUCAGCAGCUGAUUAGUUUAAAACAAAGUAACUAGCUUGGAUGAGAAAAUCUAUAUACAAGGAACGGUUGAAUUUGCAAAUUAACAUAUUUUAACUUUUUUAAUUUGUGCAAAAACACUUGAUCAUUUUAGAUGGGUUACAUACUGAUUGUUUAUUGGCAUGAAGAAAUUGACAGAUCUGCUAAUAAAAAUGCAAUCUCUGCCACACACUUACCAGCCACUUCAUAAAUUAUAUCAGUUCAGUUGUUGAUGUAAAUAUCUGCCUAGCUAGUCACGGCAGGCAUGUAGACAUGUUAAAGAUGACCUGGUUAAUUUCCACCUGGGCAGCAGACUGGGUAAGAAUUGGUGUUUUAAGUGACUUUGAACAUGGGAUGGUUAUUUAUGUCAGAUGGGCUGGUCUGAGUAUUUCAGAAACUGCUGAUUCACUGGGAUUUUCCCCCACAACCAUCUCUAGGGUUUACAGAGAAUGGUUUGGCAAAGAGAAAAUAUGCAGUGAGUGGCAGUUCUCUCGGACAAAAUACGUUUUUGAUGGCCUGAGGUCAGAGGAGAAUGACCAGAUGCAUUCAGUCUUGAAUCAGAUGGUCUGUAGUAGCAGAAGACCACACUGAGUGCCACUCCUCUCAGCUAAGAAUGGGGAACUGAAACUAUGAUUCAUGUGGACUGACCAAAAUUGGAUAAUAGAAAGAUUGCCUGGUCUGAUGAUCAGAUGAAGAUGGUUUGGUCAGAGUUUGGUGAAAACAAGAACAUAGAGCACCUUUGGGAUGUGGUGGAAGAGGAGAUUAGCAUCAUGGAUGUGCAGCUGACUAAUCUGCAGCAACUUUGUGAUGCUGUCAUAUCAAUAAGAACGAAGUCUCUAAAGAAUUUAUCCAAAACCUUCCUUAAACUAUGUUGCAAAGAAUUAAAGUAGUUCUCAAGGUCUUCUGAAGUUGUAACCUAUGAAGUGGCCAGUGAGUGUAUAACCUCAGUAUCAAUUUUUACACUUUACUUUUCAGCAUCUUUAAAGUAACAUUUUCUUAAACAUUAUUCAGUGUUGCAUUUUAAUUUGUGUUUUGUAAAGUGAAAGUUGACAGUGUUUCUCACUUUCUAGCUUUUAUGCUAAGCUGCUUGCAUUAGGUCCAGCUUCAAAAAAAGCAAAUAAGCACAGUUUCCAAAAUGCUCAACUAUUUCCAGGAGACGAUGAAAGUGACUGAAUAGAACAGCUGAGGAGACCAGAGAAUAUAAGAGAAUGUAUAGAUGCUGCAAAAGGAAACUUAAGUUGAAGAGAAAUUGUAAAAUCCCAUUUGCUUGUAACAGAAUUCAAUCUACUAAGGUGGAAAUAUGCCUGUAAAAUAGAAAUAUGAUCUAGAAAAGGAUUUCCUUUCAUAACAUAUCCAUUUUUACACCAAUUACCAACUGUUUCCAACUCCUUUGAAAAUGCUCAGUGGAUAACAGGAACUGUGUAAUGCUAACAUAUUAGUAUGGACCAAAUUCUCUGAGGACUGUUUCCAGCACCUUGUUGAACAAAACUCAAACAAAAUGCCAGCAUGUGAAGGUGGAUAUGUUCAUUUGAAAUGAAAGCCUUCAACAACAGUAGGAACCGCGGCUAAGACUUCACCACACACAGCAUUAUAUUGCACAAAGAAAAUGACAAAGUGUUUCACAGUAUUUUAAAAGCAACAGUGUUUUAAUCGUGUGCUUUCAGUGCUCAGCAGUCAGACAUGUCUGUGAUGGCUGCAGUAUUUCCAUUCAAUUUUAGGAAAGUUGUUUUUGAGGCCCAGCUCGCAUCCAUUCCUACGACUCACAUUCCUUCAUGGUGAAAGUAUAGCACAACUUUUUUUUUCAUGUUGUUGUGACAGUUUUUUGGUAUCAAACAAGUGACAUUUUUUGCUUCAUUAAAAAACUGAAGAAAAA